GAUGUACACGUGCGUUGCACACGUCGAACAUUCUAACUACAACUGUCCGGAAUGCGGUAAAUGCUAUACUACACAAUCGAAUUUGUCCAGACAUCAACUCAUUCAUAUUAACAACAAUAACAAUAAUAUUAACAUCAGCAAUGGUAAACAUUACAAACAAUGUCCCUAUUGCGAGAAGAGUUACGUAUCUACACCUGCUUAUAGUAUGCACGUAAGAACUCAUGGUCAAGGCUGCGAAUGUCACUUUUGCGGAAAAAAGUUUAGCCGACCGUGGUUAUUGCAAGGUCAUAUCAGGACUCACACGGGAGAGAGACCCUUCGCCUGUCCAAAGUGUGGGAAAGCUUUUGCUGACAAAUCAAAUCUUCGAGCGCAUGUUCAAACUCACUCACAAGUUAAACCAUACAUAUGUAAAACCUGCGGGAAAGCCUUCGCGUUGAAGAGCUAUUUGUACAAACACGAAGAAUCUUCAUGUCGGAAAAAGAGGAAAGUUUAUGAAGGACAAAAGAAAUAG